CUGGAGCCGCGCCUGGAGGAGCAGCGACGGGCCGAGGCCGCGUGCCGCCGCAUCCAGACAGUUUUUGUCAGAAAGAACAAGCCACUGAGAGAUCCGCUGAGCUCUUUCCACUGGCAGGGCUUCAAGCUAGAAGACUACCUUAUUGGUCAACCCCUCGGGAAGGGCUGCAGUGCCGCCGUGUAUGAAGCAGCUCUUCCUUUGCCCUCUGAUGGCCAARAGAGCAUGAAGGGAAACCGUCCCGCAGGGAAAGGGCCAACUGCACAGCAGGAUCACAGCUCAGCUUUCUACAGUGCAGAAGAGGAGCCUGAGCCCAAACACAAACAAAAAGUGGCUUUUCCACUAGCCAUCAAGAUGAUGUGGAAUAUYUCGGCUGGUUCUUCAAGCUCGGCCAUCCUCCAUGCCAUGAGGGCGGAGCUCGUUCCAGCCACAGCGGUUGCCUUGGCUGGAGAGUACGGAGCUGUCUCUUGCCGCAGAAAUCCCAUCUUUGGGAGGAAGAAGUUGCAGCCUCAUCCAAAUAUAAUCCAGGUGAUCCGAGCCUUCACAUCCUCUGUCCCUUUGCUGCCUGGAGCCCUCACAGACUAUCCUGAUGUUCUGCCCUUAAGCUUAAAUCCCAGAGGGAUUGGUCACAAUCGCACGCUCUUUCUGGUGAUGAAAAAUUACCCGUGCACUCUGCGCCAGUACCUGUGGGAGAACCUUCCGGAUGCUCGUCUCGCCACAAUGAUGAUUCUACAGCUGCUGGAAGGGGUAGACCAUCUUGUUCGACAUGGAAUAGCCCACAGAGACUUGAAGUCUGACAACAUCCUUGUUGAAUUUGAUUCUGACGGCCAUCCUUGGCUGGUGAUUACCGACUUUGGUUGCUGUUUGGUAGAUGAGAAUAAUGAUUUGAGACUGCCUUUCACCAGCAAUUCAAUGACCAGAGGUGGCAACGGCUGUCUCAUGGCACCGGAGGUGAUCACAGCAUCAUCUGGGCCCGGCAUGGUGAUUGACUACAGCAAAGCUGACGUGUGGGCUGUUGGAACAAUUGCCUAUGAAAUCCUUGGCCUAAUUAAUCCUUUCUACGGCUAUGAAGAUUCAACUCUGGAAAGCAGAAGUUACCAUGAGGACCAGCUGCCAAAACUGCCUGAUCACGUGCCCCGUGAGGUGCAGCAAGUGAUAAAAAUGUUACUUCAGAGGGAUCCCAGCAAGAGAAUAUCUGCUCGAGUUGCUGCUAACGUGCUUCACUUAAGCCUCUGGGGUGAAAGCGUUCUAUUCUCUGAGACCCUGACACUGGACCAGAUGAUUGCCUGGCUUCUCUGCCAGUCUGCGGCCACUUUGCUCAUGGAUGGACUGGUGGAUAAAAGCAGAGUAGAAACAAAAAUGAAGAUGUGCUUCCUGGCAAACCUUGAAUAUGAGGAUCUCUGGGCCGCAGUGUUCUUGUUGCUUUGCUGGAGAAACCAGUCUGGGUGAAGGGGGCAAUUUGAGCCAUGACCAUGCAGUAGAUAAAUGUAGCUUCCUCAAUACACAUAGGAAUAUCUCUUUUCUGUUUGCUUGGAAUCCUUAAAUACUUUAGAGGGAAAAAAAACCUGCAGGCUUGUGUGUGUGUUGUGUAAGAGGUCUAGUUGACCUAUAGCACAUGUUAUUCCACACUUUUUUUUUUCUCUUCCUGUUAGAAGAAGUGUGGCUAAGAAAUGUUAGAAGAAAGACUGUAGCUUUGGUGAGGGCUUGCAGGACUUGCAGGUGUCUCAGAGUAGGUGGUUGGCUUUGUUCACAGGUGAGAAUCCAGAGUUAACCUCUGUGUGGUGUAUUGAAUGAAGCAAUUUUCUUUUGGAAGAGCAUGUGUGUAGGAAGAGGAAUUGCUUUAGCUGCUCUUUAUACAGAAGCAUCACAAACAAGACGCAGAGAAAGCUGAGCUGUCAAAAGUAGGGCAGUCCCUUUCCAUAGGGACAUCCUUAUGAACCCUCCUCUUGUGAAGAUUGUGUUCCUCUGCAACCACAAAAUAUCUUGCACUAAUACGGCAGUCCAAAGGCCACUUUGGUGCAAGGCUGAGGCGUAAGGUCAAGAGAUAGCUGGGAGACCA